AUGGCAGACCUGUUCGAUAGACAGGGUGGUGCUACAGUGUUCACUAAAAUAAACCUGAAGACAAGUUACUGGCAUGUCCGAAUUGUUGAGGGAGAUGAAUACAAGGCGACCUAUAUGAUAAGAUAUGUGUCGUACAACUUCCUGGUCAUGCCACUCAGCUUGACUAAUGCUCCAGCCACAUUUUGCACCCUGAUGAACCAGGUCAUUCGAGAAUAUAUUGAUGAAUUCAUAGUGGUCUACUUGGACGACAUUGUGGUAUAUAGCAAAACAUUGGAGGAAUACCUGGAGCACCUGCGGAAGGUCCUAGCUUGA